AUGGAAGCCAACUCCUCCAUCCCACUGAAUGGAUCAGAAGUGGUGUUUUAUGAUUCUACCACCUCCAGAGUUCUAUGGAUCCUCUCAGUGAUAGUCCUCUCCAUAACCUUUGUCCUUGGUGUGCUAGGUAAUGGGCUUGUGAUUUGGGUGGCUGGGUUCCGGAUGGCACACACUGUGACCACCAUCUGUUAUCUGAACCUGGCUUUGGGUGACUUCUCUUUCAUGGUUACUUUACCACUACACAUCAUCUCAAUGGUCAUGAAAGGAAAAUGGCUUUUUGGUUGGUUCCUUUGCAAAUUUAUUCUCAGCAUUGUACACAUAAACCUUUUUGUAAGUGUUUUCCUAAUCACUCUCAUUGCCAUGGAUCGUUGUACUUGUGUCCUGCACCCAGUAUGGGCUCAGAAUCACCGAACUGUGAGUCUAGCCAGGAAAGUGGUUAUUGGAGCUUGGAUUCUUUCUCUGCUGCUUACCUUGCCACAUUUUCUCUUCUUGACUACAGUGAAAGAUGCAAGAGGCGAAGUGCACUGUGCAUGUAACUUUGAAUCUGUGGCUGCAAACCCUGAGGAGCAAUUAAAGGUGUCAAUUACUGUGAGCACAGUAACAGGAAUCAUCAGUUUUAUUAUUGGCUUCAGCCUACCCAUGUCCUUCAUUGCCGUCUGCUAUGGACUCAUGGCUGCCAAGAUUUGCAGAAAAGGCUUUCUGAACUCCAGCCGUCCUUUACGUGUUCUCACUGCUGUAGCAAUUUCCUUCUUUAUGUGUUGGUUCCCUUUUCAACUGAUUAUUCUUUUAGGUAAUAUCUGGAAUAAGGAGAUACCAAGCAGCAUUCACAUUUUGUUGAACCCAGCAAGCACACUGGCUUCCUUCAACAGCUGUCUCAACCCAAUACUCUAUGUCUUUCUUGGUCAAGAAUUUAGAGAGAAACUGAUAUAUUCCCUGUCUGCGAGUCUGGAGAGGGCGCUGCGAGAAGACUCAGUCCUAAGCAGUGGCAAAAGCAGUAACUUUUCUUCAUGUCCUGCUGACUCUGAACAAUAG